GCGGCUGAGGCGACCCGGAAGCGGAAGUGGAAGAAAGUUCUAGUGGCUUGACGUAUCCGCGGGAGCGGCAGGGUGGCGGGAGGAACCGUUAGGGGAACUGAAGCUGCCGAUUAAGCCUGAUCAAGAUGACAACCUCCCAAAAGCACCGAGACUUCGUGGCAGAGCCCAUGGGGGAGAAGCCAGUGGGGAGCCUGGCUGGGAUUGGUGAAGUCCUGGGCAAGAAGCUGGAGGAGAGGGGCUUUGACAAGGCCUAUGUUGUCCUUGGCCAGUUUCUGGUGCUAAAGAAAGAUGAAGACCUCUUCCGGGAAUGGCUGAAAGACACGUGCGGCGCCAACGCCAAGCAGUCCCGGGACUGCUUCGGAUGCCUUCGAGAGUGGUGCGACGCCUUCUUGUGAUCCUCUCUGGGAAGCUCUCAAUCCCCAGCCCUCAUCCAGAGUUUGCAGCCGAGUAGGGACUCCUCCCCUGCCCUCUACGAAGGAAAAGAUGAUUGCUGUUGUCGUACUCGCCUCCGACGUACUCCAGGGUCUUCUGGGAGUUUUCUCCCCUAACCAUUUCAACUUUUUUGGAUUCUCGCUCUUGCAUGCCUCCCCCGCCCUUUUCCCUUGCCAGUUUCCUGGUGACAGUUACCAGCUUUCCUGAAUGGAGUCCUGGCCCGGUCCCUCACCCCCGACCCUCACUUUCAGUCCGUUUGAUACCAUUUGGCUCCUUUUUGGGCAGAACAGUCACUGUCCUUGUAAAGUUUUUUAGAUCAAUAAAGUCAGUGGCUUUCAUGA